UUUUUCUUUCCACUUUUGUCCAAAGGAAAUCGGAAAUCGGAAAUCGAAAAUCGAGCUCGUCUUUCCCUCUCAAAAUUGUAAAACCCUAACCAAAAAAAAAAGAAAAGGAGGAGAAGAAGGGCACCGCAGCUGGUUGGUACGCCAUGGCCAUCGCUCGAACUGGAGUGUUCGUGGAUGACUAUUUGGAAUAUGCAAGCACAUUGCCAGCAGAGCUCCAGAGGCUUCUCAAUACCAUUAGAGAACUCGAUGAACGUUCACAAGCUAUGAUAAAUCAAACAAGGCAGCAGACCAAGUACUGCUUGGGGUUGGCUUCUCAAGGCUCAAAGAAAGGUAAUAACGAAGAAGAAGAAGAAGAAGACGAAGAUGAUGAUGAUGAAGAAGAAGAAGAAGAGGAAGAAGAAGAAGAUGAAGAACACCACGUUGACGGUGAAGAAGGAGAAGAAGAAGAAGAAGACGAAGAGGAGCCUGCUUUCGAGAAGAUGAAAAAGGAUAUUGAGGCAAACCAGGACAAUGCCUUGAGUCUAUGCACCGAGAAGGUUUUAUUGGCACGGCAAGCUUAUGACCUUAUAGAUAGCCAUAUAAAGCGGCUUGAUGAGGACCUGACCAACUUUGCAGAAGAUCUAAAGCAAGAGGGAAAAAUAUCACCAGAUGAGCCAACAAUUCUUCCUCCAUUACCUUUAGUCCCUAAAAAUGAGAAACGCAGAUCACAUUACGGAACACCUCAACCAAAAAGGGUUGAUUACAGGGAGAGGGACUGGGACCGAGAGCGUGACAGGGAUUUUGAGCUCAUGCCUCCUCCCGGCGGCCUUAAGAAGGAUUUUGCUGCCCCUGUUGAUCUUGAUCAACCCAUUGAUCCAAAUGAACCUACCUACUGUGUGUGCCAUCAGGUGUCUUUUGGAGAUAUGAUUGCCUGUGACAAUGAAAAUUGCCAAGGAGGUGAAUGGUUCCACUACUCGUGUGUUGGGCUCACACCGGAGACGAGAUUCAAAGGAAAGUGGUAUUGUCCAACCUGCAGACAACUUCCACUAUGAAUACUUGCAUGCUGUAUGUCAAUCAUCAUUUGACUUCUUAACCAAACUGAAUUGCUGUUGCUGUUGCUCUUGCUCUUGUAUAUCUUUCAUAGAAAAACACAAAUUGAAACAAACAAAUAAAUAAACAAAAUUACUUUGGAUCCAGUCAUUGUCACUACCCAAUUUUAUAAACUCAUAUAAUUCUACCUCAAUGUAAUAGAAGUAAUCAAAUAAUCAUACUCUAGCUCUCCGAAGAUACAUAUAUAUCACAUACAAAACAUGUUCUGGAUUCUA